AUGGUGAGCCCUCACGAUGUCCCGAAUAAGGGACCCGUGUUUGUCCAAGUGACUGGAGUCUUGACGGCUCUUGCUGGGGUGUUGGUGGCCUAUCGACUUCUGUGGAAGGCGUAUAUGAAGACCAGGCUGGCCGCCGAUGAUGCGAUUAUCACUGUUUCGAUGGUGUUUCAAGUCGUCAACACAGUCAUGGGUGACUUGGCAUGUCAUUAUGCCUUUGGUCGCCAUCGCGCCGACGUUCUUCGGACAGGAGGUAACAAAAUCCUAGCACUGAAGUUCUUCUGGCUGUUUCAAAUCUUCUACAAACUCGUCCUCGGCCUCAACAAACUCUCCUUCCUCUCUUUCUACCUCCGCAUCUUUCCUACGCGCACAUUCCGCCUCGUCUGCUGGGUGACCAUCGGCUUCGUCAUCUCCACUACAUUCAGCUUUGUGAUCGCCACAAUCUUCCAAUGCAUCCCUGUCCGUGCCAGCUGGUACAAAGAUAUCCCAAAGACGUGUGUCCAAAAUGCCAGUUUCCGCUGGUCCUGGGCAGGCAUCAACACGGGUCUCGACAUCUGGGUCUGCCUCCUACCUCUACCGGUGCUCGCGCAGCUACAGCUCGACCGCACGCGGAAGAUCGGUGUCAUGUUGGUUUUCUGCAUGGGACUGUUCGUCUGUAUUACGAGUAUCAUCCGCAUGUGGGCGAUGGUGGCUAGUACGAAGACGCACGAUCCGACGUGGGGAUCAUUCGACGCGCUGAUCUGGAGUGCGAUUGAGGCCAGCACCGGCAUUAUCUGCGCAUGUCUGCCGAUGCUGAAGCAUCCAAUUCAGAAGUUGCUGCCGGGCUGGUUUAGUUCCUUGUCGAAUGGGUCGAGGAAGAGUCGUAGUCGGUCGAGGGCGAAUUAUCAGAUGAGUCGGUUGGGGUCGCAGUCGGGGGUGCGGACUGGUGCUCGUGGCGAGGAGGAUGAUGAUAUCGAUGCCGAUGCCGAGAGUAUGGGUAGUCAGGGCCCGUUGGCGAAGAACCAGAUUCUGAUGAAGACGGAUAUUAAGAUGCAUAGUGAGCCGGCUCGCUCGUGA